UUUGCACGCGUUUACGCCGGUCGAUCGCGCCGUAACGAGAAACUCUUGGUCGCUUGGGUUGCUUGUGAAACGCUUAGCAGGUCGCACCAGCAGUUCCGAAACCAAAUGCGAAACGCAACAAUAGGAAUUGAAACGUCCUGGCAUUGAAACACUAAGAGAGCGAGAGCGACAGCCGUUUGCAUAUGUUUUGCUAAAAGUUAAGCAUGUGUGCAAAUCAAGUGACAACAUUGCCAUAAAAAGAAGAGAGAACAAAGAGUGUGACAAAAUGCAAAAUAUAAGAAACGUCAAAGAUCCCACAUGUGUGCUGCUGUUGUUGUUGUUGUUGUUGUUGCUGCUGCGCUCAGCAGCGGCAGCGCUGCCAGAGCUCAGCUGCCCAGAGCAUGAUACCAAAAUGAUUUGCGAUUGCAACAACAAUCCACAGCCCAUGAUGCUGAAGCCUUUGCACGGCUCAAUUUAUCAUUUGGAGGUGCGCAAUUGCCGCAACUUGACUGUGGAGGCGCAUUCGCUGCAUAGAACUGAAAACUUACGCAAGAUUAGCUUUCAGCAUAUUCAGCACUUGGUGUUGCAUAAAUUCGCUCUGAGCGUGCCACGCGAUACAAGCAACAAGGCGCUCAUUGUCGAAUUCGAGCAGGUGAACUUUCAGCUCAUCGACUCGCAUGCCAUCAAUGGCAACAUCGAGGAGAUCUCAUUUGUGGGCGGCCGCAUCGAACAGAUGCAGCCAUUUGGGCUCACCACCACCAAGGAUAGUGCCAUAUUGCUCAAAUUGGAGGGCGUUCAUAUACAACGCAUCGAAUCGCAGGCCUUUAAAAAGUUUGCUGUGGAGCAAAUGAUAAUUGCCAAUUGCGUCUUUGGCAGCAAUGUGCCCACGCGUGCGUUCUACGAGCUGGAGGUGCGCAAUGAGCUGAGCAUGCAGCACAAUCGUUUCCAGGAGCUGCACUCGCAUGCAUUCAGCUUCAAUCGCAUUUCCAAGCUAAGUGUGAGCGACAAUCGCUUUGUGGGCGUAGCGGGGGAGUGGCUGGCGGCGCAUAUACGCGACGGCAUAACGCUGCGUGGCAAUGACUUUGGCGCCACCAGCGACAUUGCGUUUCGCAGUCUGAGCGUGCAUGAGGAUUAUCAGCUGAGCGAGCGGCUGGAGCUGCGUUUCCACAACAAUACAGUGCGCAGCAGCUUGCCACAGGCGGCAUACAACAAUAUGCAGCCGAGCAAUGAAAUUGCUGCGCUGCCGCUGCACUUCAAUGAGCGCUUUGCGCUGAGCAUACGCGAGCUGCGCUACAACAACAGCUGGAGCUGUGAGCAGCUCAUGGAGAGCAGCAGUGAGCCUGGCGUGCCACGCGAUGAAUUCUUUCGCCUGCAUAGCGAGCAGCUGCUGUUUCGCCAAGCGGGCGGCGGCGGCGGCGGCGUCGCGCAGUUUGUGCCACUGCGUCAGCUAAUUGCGUCGGAUUGCCAGCAUCGCAGCUAUGUCGCUUAUAUCGUAUUGGGCAGCGUGCUGCUGGCGGUGCUGCUAGUGGUGCUGCUGUUGGUGAUUUGGUGGCGCUCGGUGCAGCGACGCAAGCGUCGUAAGCUGGAUGUGGUGCAGCCAGAGCCGCGCACCUACAAGGAGACGCAGAUUGUAUACCAAAUCGAGAAUGCUGGCCUGCUCAAGACUGAUCUGUAGAUUAAACACACACACCUAGACACACACACACACACACACACACACACACACACACACAUACAGCUGCAA